AUGAUGGAAGUACAGUCAAGAAAUAAUCAAUGUAUAGAAUCAUUUUAUGAUGCAAAUGAUAUUAGUCUUGUCAUGGCAUUUGUAUUAUUUUCUGUAUCAAUCGUGUUUUUGGGAUUUAUGAUUACAUUUUAUAGUGAUGCAAUAAACGAUAAUCGUUUAAUAAAUGAUAAUCCCAUGUUUCGAAUGUUACAAGAAUCUGAAUCAUUUAUGAAAAAUAUAAACAAUAGUGUUUGUGAUAAUAAACUUUUACAAGAAUAUCAAUGGUUGAAAAAUUUUCCUGCUCUAAUUCAUGAAAAUUGUCGUAUUAUACCUUCGAAUGUAAAUUAUUUACAAGUUAUUGCUUAUAUUAUGUCUUGGAUUGUUCAAUUUCAGUCAAAUGUUACUGUCUAUUAUAAUAAUGAUGACAUUCAUAUUUUCCAACAAAAUCAAUGGACAUCUUAUCCAGGUUCAAUACUUGAUAUUCAUUCAUUUAUAUUUGGUGAUCAAAUUAUUAUUUGUGCUGAUGAACAAUGUUUUAGACAAGCAUAA